AUGUCUCCUAUCACGCCGGAGGCCGCCCCGGACGCCCCGGGCGUCGUGGUUCGCGGCCUCAACUUUGCGUACCCAAACUGCAAGCCGUUCAUCUCCAAUUUCAACCUCGACCUGCCACGCGGAUCCCGCUGCCUGCUCCUUGGCGCCAACGGAGCCGGCAAGACCACGCUGCUCCAGAUCCUCGCGGGCAAGUACAUGGUCGGCGAGGACGUCAUUCGCGUCAUCGGGCGGCCGCCGUUCCACGACCUCGCGCUCACAUGCGACGGAGACCUGUCGUACCUAGGCUCCCAGUGGCGCCGCGACAUCGCCACGGCCGGCAGCGACGUCGCUUUGCAGGGCGAUAUCGCGGCGGGAACGAUGAUCUACGGCGUGGACGGCGUGGACCCGGCGCGGCGGUCCAAGCUGAUGCACCUCCUCGACAUCGACCCCCGCUGGAACAUGAACCGUGUGUCGGACGGACAGCGGCGGCGCGUGCAGAUCUGCCUGGGACUGCUGAAGCCGUACCAGGUGCUCCUGCUGGACGAAAUCACGGUCGACAUGGACGUCGUCGGCCGCCUUGAGCUCCUCGAGUUCUUCCGCGAGGAGACCGAGGAGCGCGGAGCCACCAUCAUAUAUGCUACGCAUAUCUUCGAUGGACUCGAACCAUGGAUCACGCACGUCGCCUUCGUGUCCGGCGGCGAGCUGGUCAAGGGCGGGACGGCUGGCGAGGUGCUCGGGUCGAGCCUGGCGGGGGGCAAGAAGCUGCUGCGGGUCGUCGAGGCGUGGCUUGCGGAGGAGAAGGAGCGUUUGAAAGAUGUGCCGUCGCACGACGACGCAGAGGACUCGGGCCGCGCGCCGCCGAUGCUGCCGAACAAGCAUCUGGCGUACUUCCGCUGA